AUGAAUUAUCAAGAAGGUAGCUAAGCAAGAAUUGAAAUAUUGAACAAGACAUACAUCAGAUAUAAUGUGCAGAUCAAGAAAGGCCAAUAUUUAGCUUUUGGCUAUGGCUAUAGUAUGAAAAAUGUAGAUAUGGUGAUUUUUUAAUCAUCAACUAUUCCAUAAGUUCUUGAUCUUUACUCUAAUGAUGAGGCCAUCCCUUAAAUUGAUUCAUAACAGGAUUAUAUUUCAAACUUUACAACCAAUUCUACUCAUGUGAAUUUCGUGGCUACACGUUUAUUGGAGACGACUGAUUCCAAUGAUAAAGUAAUUAAAUUGGGAGAAGCAUUACCAAUGGUUUGGGCGUAUUCAAUACUAAACUCAAACUUGAUUAAGCAUGAAGGAAAAGGCUCAUUUGAAAUCUAUGUUUCUAAUGCUGGCAUAAACUAUCAAAGAGAGACUACAUUUAUUGAAUGGGAUAACUUAUUAAUGGUUAGAGUGCAUGGAUGGUUCCUCUGGUUUACAUGGAGUCUUCUGAGCUACAUCUAAAUGGCUGUGAAUCGCUAUUUAAAGAUAUUUUGGAAGGUAAACAUGUGGAUUCAUAGAAUAGUGGGGACACUCAUUUUGAUUCUGACUAUAAUAAUGUCAAUUGUUGGAUUCAGAAAUCAUAAGCACAUCUUUGAAGAUUUGUCUGGCCAUCAUGUUAUAGGAAUUAUAAUUUUCUUUAGCGUUAAUUUGCUAGUAGCAAGUGGUAUAAUUGCCAGAAGUAGGCAGAUAAGACUUAAAUGGAAGACUUCUAAAAUACUAAUCUUUAAAAACAUUCAUAAGAUUUAUGGAAAACUAAUGUAUUUACUUGGUCAGGUAGGAGUCUUAACUGGUAUACUUCACUAUAAUAAUAGAAUCAAGCCUGAGACUAUUCUUUGGCUUCCUAACGCAGAUACUUUCCUACUAUCUGGAAUUUUCGUUGAGAUAAUGUAUUAAGUAUAUCGUAAUAGAGAAAGUCCAUUCAAGAAAUCAUAGAUGAAAAUAACAAUUUAAGAUUUUGAAGCAAGAGUUCGAAGCGGCUAAAAACUAGUCUUAUUAGAUGAUCUGGUAUUAGAUAUUAGUAAAUUCAUGGAAAGCCAUCCAGGUGGUAAGUUCUCAUUGGAAGCAAACAUCGGUAGGGAUGUGUCAAAGUUCUUUUAUGGAGGCUACUCAAUGGAAAAUUAUUCUUAAUUUACUCCACUCCAUAGUCAUUCAAACAUUGCGAGAUACAUCGUUAAUGGAUUGAUCAUUGCUUAAUUGGACACUCAAGUGAUUCCAGAGGUUGCCAAUAUGCGUUUUAGUUCAUCAAGCUAUGUAAAAACUUUGACUCAGACAAUAGUUUUGGAGAGAGAAGAUGGAAAGGAAGUAGGCUUUCACAAAUUCUUCAAGGAUAUUCAAAUGAUCGGAAAGUACUACUUAGUAAGGAAAAGAUUCAGGAGGUAAUUUGUUAAUAGGCACUACACAGUAGCUAAUUGUAUGGAGCCUAAGGCCUACGAAGUAUAUCUUGAGAUACUUAAAGGAAAUAAAAGUGUCUAUUUCGAGAAUUAAGAAUUGUUUUAACAAAAAGUUGGCGGUAGCUUUUCUAUUACUAGUAAAAAUUACAAGACUAAGAGUGGUGUGUCAAGAAGAUUACAUGAAUUUUAGACAGAUAUAUUUUAAGUUUAAGGACCACUGGGAAAAGGUCUCUAGAUCUAGUCCUCAGGAUUGCAUAUUGCUUUCACUGCAGGUACUGGCAUCCUGGCUUUUGUUGAUCUAGUAGCCCACCUCAUUAGAAAAAACUUUAACCUACUCACACCUGAGGAAGAUUCACAAAUAAACAUUGAAGAAUUUAGGUUUAUACUUUACGCCUCAUUCAAGAACGAGGAGGAUUCAAUUGCUUAUGAGAUGUGCCAGGGUCUGUAAAAUUACUGUAGAAAAAAUGGGCUUAAGAACUUUUAAUUUAAUGUGAGAUUCAGUGAUGCUAAUUUGAAUAAAUGGGAUUAUGGAUUUAUUGAGUAUGUGCUUGGAGUAAACCAAGAUAUAGAUUUACAAAGACUAUGGGUGUGUGGUCCUCCAAAGAUGAAUGAGGAUUUCCAUAAAGCUCUAGAAAACCUAGUUUAAAAUAACUUUAUUGAGAGCAGCUAAUAUGAAAUAUUAUGA